UUUGAGCACAGAGCACAUAAUUCAUAUUAUAUACGAAGGGGGAUUUGAGUGUUGAGACGUGAGCUCAAAUCAAGGUCUUACGUGUAUUGUCACUUACACGUUCCUUAAAAAUCAUAUAAAAGUACUCACUACUCUGUGCUUACACGUAUACUACAUGUUCCUUUAUGUAUAUGGGUUUCAUGUGCCCCUUACCAGUACGAAAUAUUAUGUCAGUUCGGCGGUUUGUAUAUUUCUCAAGCUUAUGUAUUUAAAAAAUACACAACCAAUAUAAAACUGUUGAUGAAUUCUACUCGGUUAAAAAUGUCAUCAACGUUCGUCGGCUUUAGUGAAGAAGAUUUAAAAAGAAUUAAAUCUGGAGAGACAGAGAAAAACAGCGACCAAAUAAUCAUAGAGGCUGUGAGGAAGAUAGAAAAAAUUGGAUCAAUACCAAAAAAGACACCUAAAAAGCCGCUUUCACUACAAAAGCAAGUUUCAGAUGAUGUGAUCAACACAGAUCUUUUUGAGAAGUGUAAAUUAAGUCUCACCACACCAUCUUCACCACCUCCACCUCAAGAAAUUAUAGAUUUUAAUGAUAUUGAAAUGACUACUGACCAUAACGAAACAGUUUAUGAGGAAAUCAAUGAGAAUAGACAAGAUAACACUAAUGUGGCCCCCGAUGUAAUAAGAUGUGUUGAUAAUUACACAGAAGAUGAUUUGGUCGCACAUAAAGUGAAGUUAGAAGAGCUUCAGCUGCGACAAAAGUUGAUGGAGGAACAAAAUAAGAAGAGGAAAGAAAUGCUAGCCAAGGCGCUGGCUGACAGGACAAAACAAACAGAAGAAGAGGUGCAAAAGUUAGAAAAAAUAAAGAAGGAAUUACAAGUAUUGGACGGUCAGUUUUCACAGGAUGUAGCUGUGUUGAGGAAAAAAAUUGAUCAAGCCUGUAUCAGUUAUUCGGAGGCAGAAAAAAAUUAUUUAAAAAUUGAAAAAGAGUUUUUGCAAGCUAAAAUUCAUCUUCAAAAGGAGAAGGAGAAGAAGGAAUUGCUAACUGAGCAUCUGUGUGCUUUAAUAACUCAUAAUGAGACUAGGAAAGCUCAGAAACUGGAAACACUUAUGUUAGAACUUGCCAAUGAUAAAAAUAAAGAAUUGAAUGAAAUGUCUGGUGUGGUAACACCAACAGAUGAUAGGCCUAUAAUUAUACAUGGAGUAGACGAAAAGACUGGUAAGAUGGUGGAAGUUUUUAAUGAAAAAUAGAACAUUCUUGUUAAAUAUACAGAAAUAGAUAAUAAUUUAUGACAAUUUUUGGUGCAAUAUUUCACCCAAUGUACUAAGGUGCUAACUCUAAUAUAUGAUAUUAUUGUUAUCUUAUAAGAAAUUUUUUGAAAAGUAUAGAAACUAUGGUAUUACUGACUGUCAUACUGUUAAUGAAAUUUUUAUAAGAAAGCUAUAUUUUUGUAUUCUACUUUUGUAGUACAAAACUUUGAAUAUUUGAAUCAAAAUUAAAAUUGAUGCUGUGGUAUGUGCUAGACUAACAUUAAAAAUGCACACAGUUAUCUUUAUGGUUGACAUACAGAAUAUUUAUUUUUUUACAUACAUAAAUGUAUUGAUAAUUGGCAGGCGCUCACCUGUAUUUUAAUUACCAUGACUACCAUUACUUUCUUGUGUUUAUGUGUUUAAUAUAAUAAUGUGUACAAAUGAAUGUGCAUUUCAUCAUAAACUUUUGUGUAAAACGCAAUAUCAUAACAGAUAAUUAAUUAAGUAACAUAUUGUUAUUAACAAAAAGGGCAAU